UGAAAUUUCCCAGGAAACAUGAAAACAAGGAACUACUUUUUUUAAAUAUUUUUCAGGACAGUUGACCUGUUCCAGGGAAAGCCUGAAUAUUUUUUUCUAUGAAGUUCAGAAGAACCUGAAUUCUCUGGGAUUUUAAAUAAGUCUAAAAUGCAAAUAGCUUAAAAUUUAGCAUUUAAAAUGAAUGUUGAAAAGUCAGAUGACAAAGCAAAGAACGGCUGGAAGUCGUCUUUACUUAUAAGGGAUGAGAAUGGAAAUAACUACGGAUGUGACAGAGCUACAUCUUCCUCAAAGAACUGUGCUACCAAGAUACAUGGUGAUUCAGCUGACCAAAAUAUAGUGACUGAGCAGGAAGAUGAUGUUGAAAAAAAGAGUGACUUAACAAGUAUUCUUUUAAAAGAGCAGUGCAUUGAAGCACUUCAUCUGCAGAAGAUACCUGAUAAAUACAACUGCACAGGAGCUCUGUUGGGAGAUGGAGAUGCUGGAUGCAAGUCUUCUGUGACAGAACAUUCUUGCUUUUCUCCUUUGAACUGUGACUUGAAAGAAACAAACUUACUGAAAGGUAAUGCUGCUAUAGCAAAGAUGCAAAAUCAGAGUAUCAAACAAUUUGUGCCUUACAGUCAGGCUGAGUCUGAGUGUGUAUUACCUCUUCCUUCUUCAGAGCAGAACAUGGAGUCCCUUACAAAGGUCAAGGCACAAUACCACCUGAGCACAUUGGAUGUUACUAAUGUUACAUGUGAAGCUCUGGCAACUGCUCAAAACAAUGACAUGAAUGUGAGGGAAACACUAAUCUCUUCUGAAGUAUGUAUGAGAGAGAAAUUUGAUAGAAUGAGCUCAGAAAGGACACCUCAUUUGUCCUCUACAAUAGUGGUUUCAGAAAGCCCAGAUGCCUACUCAGAUCUUGAAGUAUUUUGGCCUCCCUCUGCAGAUGCUGAACACUGUCUGAAAAACACUAACAAGACUGAUAAAGAAUCACAGCAAACAGAAGCACAGUCUAUAGAACUAGCUGCUGGAUGUGUAGAUCCUUACAGGCCAGAUGCAUUGUCACCAUGUGUUAAGAUUAAUGAAGAUGACCAAGUGAAAUCUUUGGAGGAUAAGCUUGACCAUGAUGAAACUGCUAAUUCCAAUGCUGAAACAUACGUGGAUAGUCCUGUAAAUAAUGUGCACCUUCUCCCAAUAGAUAAAGUGAAUGCAGAACAAGUAUCAAAGAAAACCAGUGAACCCUUAAUCAAAGACCAAAGUGUCUCUGGAAAUGCUGCUCUUCAGGAUAUGCACACCUCAUUGAUAUCUAGCAGUGUACCAAAAUUAAAGCGGACUCUUAGGCCUGACCUGAAAUGUGAAGCAACUUUUUUGGUCUUCAGUCCUAUGGCUAAUGAAAGCAAUUCUGCUUUAUGUACUUCAACCCCUAAAGAACAAUCAAAAAAUGCAACUUUCUCCAUUUCAUCUUUGGCAGAACUUGAAGACAAGUCUUCUAAACUAAGACCAAGUGAGGCAUUUGUAGGAGGGCGUAAUAGAAGGCCUUUGUCUAAAGCUGGUUCAGGUCAGGCUGCAGGAAAACCAGUAGGCAGGUCUCCUAUGGUGUCAACAGUAACAAAAGCAAAGAAAUCAGAGAUUGUUAGCUUUCCUAAACCUAAUUUCAAAAAUGUGAAACCAAAGGUUAUGUCUAGGCCUGUACUACAGUCAAGAGAUAGUGUAGCAGUAAAACAGUCUCCCCAGUCCCCACAGCUAUCAGCUGUCUCCUCAUCUUCACUGGCUGCUUCCCCAAGGCAAUUGUCCCCCUCUAUAAAAGUGCUGAAAAAGAAAAUAGAUCUAGCAAAAGAUACUAAGGUGGAGUUGCCUGUGAAUAAACCCCAUAAGCUACAUCUUAACAAACACCUCUUUGCUGGCCAAGUUGUGCAUGCCACGACGCAUCCCAGAAAUGCUUCCCACAAGGCUUCAAAGACACCUGUGUUAAAGCAGAAUCCGGAAGACGUUAGCAAAGCAAUCCCUACUCCCUCAGCAUACUCCUCUCUUUCUGCUGCACUUCCAGCAUGCACAGGGAACUCGAAAGAGAUGCUGAACGAUAAAAUGGAAAGUUCAAAUUCUUUAAUGCAGCCCUGUGCUCAAAGCACCUGCCUGACUGGAGGUGAAAAAGAGCAAAACAGCAGCAUGGGAAUUCUGCAGGAAGGAGUCUUGUUAAAAGAUGUGGUAAAUGAAACAUUUGACCUACAUUCUGCUCCUUUGUUGCCUUCUGUGAAAGAUGAGACAACACCAGAGAAAAACAUACCAAAGAAAGACCCAAUCACACAACGAAGUGUAUCAGCACCCAGGGUUAAAAUGGUUCCAUCUGUGUUGCCCUUGAAGAGAGGAUGUGAAAGUAGAACUGGGAGCACAGCUAAAACACCUUCUCACAGAGGAGCUGCUCUGUCAUUGAGCUCUGCAGGUGUGGGAUCUUCACCAAGGGAGAAGCAUGCCUCUGUGAAGAAUUCUCCAGCCUCCUGGGCGAGCUCCAGCAAACCAUUCGCCAAGUCCAAAGUGCCUGUCAAAAGAUCAGUGCUUGAGAGAACACCUAGCAUCUCCUCAGUCAGCAGCACUCAGAGUGAGAGAAGUCUUUUCAGCAGUAAUUCUGCAAGUGCCACAGUCAUCAUCAAGAAUGGAGAAUGUCCUUCAACUCCCGCCUGCCAGAAUGGUACUUCAGAGGCUGUGCCUUUGAAAGCAGUACCAAAACCUAGAUUACAUUUGUUGAAGCCCGCUCCAAAAGGAGCCAAGGUCAGGUCUGCUUCACUGAACCAGAGCACACCAAAAUCAGCUGGGCCACUGCACUCAGCCAGGAAAGUCAGUGAGGCUAAAGGUACUCCUGGGAGAAAUGGACACCAAGGGCUAUCUUGUUUGCGUUCUGUUGACAAGGGCAAGCAGCGGAGUCCCAGGAGCUCGUGCGUACAGACUCAAGCAGCCCCAGAUGUGCAUUCACCUGGAACAAAAACAGCUGAGCUGACACAGUGCAAAGCAAAAUGUGAGGCCCAGAGUGGAAUCAUCCUGCAGCUGAAAAAAUUCCUGACAAGCAGUAACCAGAAGUUUGAAGCAUUAACAGUUGUGAUCCAGCACCUGCAGUCCAAGGGAGAGGAAGCACUGAAUGAGGUUGAAGACUUAUCUCAAGAACUGGUUAAUCUUCGAGGAGAACUAGCAACCACUUCUGCAGCUUGUGAGAAAUUUGAGAGAGAUAGGAAUGAACUACAAGUUGCUCAUGAAGGAUUUUUGCAAAAGCUAAACCAGCAACAUCAGAAUGAUUUAGCUGAUCUGGAGGAGAGGCUUAAGCAGUUUUAUACUGCAGAAUGUGAGAAACUCCAAAGUACCUGCAUUGAAGAAGCUGAGAAGUACAAAGCGCAACUCCAGGAGCAGGUGGACAACUUAAAUGUCGCACAUGAAAACUUUAAGUUGGAACUUGAAAACAGGCACUCAGAAAAAGUACACGAGCUGAAAAAGGAGUAUGAAUCCUCUUUUUCAGAGCUCAAGAGUACCCAUGAAUCUGAAAAGAAAUCACUUGAAGAUUCUUUUAAAGAGAAGCAGGAAUUGCUACAGAAAAAAAUCGAUGAAUUAAAAUGCGAAAAUGAUGCUCUGAGUGAGAAGUUGGAACUGGAAAAGCAAAAACAAAUAGCCAAAGAAAAAGCCAAUCUUAAACACCCACAGAUCAUGUAUCUGGAACAGGAGCUGGAAAGUUUGAAAGCAGUGUUGGAGAUCAAGAACGAGAAACUCCAUGAGCAGGAUAUAAAGCUAAUGAAGAUGGAAAAACUCCUGGAGAACAACACAAUUUUGAUGGAGAAGUUGAAUAAGGUUCAGCAAGAAAAUGAAGAAUUAAAAGCUCGGAUGGACAAACACAUGGAGCUUUCAAGGCAGCUUUCUACAGAGCAGGCAGUCUUACAGGAGUCCCUAGAGAAAGAGUCCAAAGUAAACAAACGUCUCUCCAUGGAAAAUGAAGAACUUCUGUGGAAGCUGCACAAUGGUGACCUAUGCAGUCCAAGGAAACUGUCUCCCAGUUCUCCAUCGGUGCCUCUUCAGUCCCCACGACAUUCUGGUAACUUCUCUAGUCCCACAGUAUCACCACGGUGACAUCUCUGGAGGAGGAGGAGGGGAAGGCAUUUCAUUUGGGAUCUGCAGGACUGAUUCUGUCUGACUGUGGCGGCUCCACAGAACUGGAAAUGACUUGGUGCAAAAGCAGUGAUGAGAGACUGAGAAUACAGGAGUAAAGACACUGGUGUUGUGUUGCUCCUCCCAAAAAGACUUGUUUAUGACCUCUACAGACAUUGUUGCACAAAGCACUUACAGAGCAAGGAAAGACUUGUUCAUUGCCUUUUCACCUAACUAUAAGGAGAAGCUCAGGGGCUUAGAGAUAAAGAUCACAACCUUUAUACUAUGUUCCUUAUCACAGACACUUUUUUAAGGCUGUGUGUAUGCGUGUGCGAGUGCUGUGGAUGGAAUGGAUGUGACACACUGUGCGUGUGUCUAAUGUUGCCUUCUUUGCUGUGUUCUUAAUAAAGGAUAAAAGCUGGAGACUAUA